UGUAGAUGAUGGCUAAUGCUGACCUAGAACUGGACAAGGAGAAUACACAAACACUGCAGCAAGCCAUUCAUCUGAGGUUCGGCACUCAAAAUGCCAGUGAACCAACAAAAUCUCACAUUUCGAUUGGGCCAAAACUUGUUAUACCACAGCUAAAGAUACCGCAGAUUAACGCCAGCACGCCAACCAGUGCCGAGGUACUUUCUGCGGAAGAACACCGUCGCGCCGCUGAUGCCCAUAAUGAGCGGCUGCUCAAUGCAAUCAAACGCCGUCGAGAGCAGAGUGAAGCGAGUCAUUCAGCUAGAGAUUCAUCUGCAUCCUCCAAAGAAUCCACCGAUAGCCUACUGGCCAAACUCCCCUUGUUAAAUGGUAUCAGUUGCCGGUUAACCAUACCCAAGCUGCGAACGGCUUCGGGUGAACCACUCGAUGAGCCCCAAUUCAACAUACCUUUACUCAACAAGUUGCGCAGCCAGAACAAUUCGUUGGAGCUGACCCAGCUGGAGAAGGGCGUGAGCAAAUUGAAACUUACUGCUGACGAUGGUGGCGAUAGUACCAAGCUUAAGAGUAUUCAGGAAAUGCAACAAGCACCGACCCCACUGAUCGAUCUGACCUCAACUGUAAUUGCUAUCCAAAAAGAUGCACCACCACGCGAGGCGGCGAGUAAGGUGCGACACAAGCAGGCAGCAGUUAUGGAGCACUUUGAUAUUCCAUUUAUUGGCUGCGAUAGCCUUAACCGUGUCUCUGUUGGUAUGCUGUUCAAAAAACGUCAAAGCAGUACAUCAAGCGACUUUGAGGCGACUGUUACGAGAAUUAUAGAGAAAUCCAGCGAUGUUGGCAGUAUGCUUGAUGCAACAGUUGGCUAUCCAAGACCACGGCAGCCACAGCUUAGGUACGCUGCCUCGCCUCUAGAACUGCAGAAUCUGAAGAUGUAUAAACGGGAGGAUUACGGUACAAAUAUUAAACGGUUUCGCUUCGAUACUGCAUCGCCCGAUGAGAUUGUUAAGGAGGCGCUACAGAAAUCCUGGCGCAUAUCGCGCACAUAGUCUAAGUAUUAGCUAUGCUUUAUGCCUAAGUGUACAAGUUGACAUUAAAAAUUAUUUAAUAUAUUUUUAGCGAUGAA